CCUGCAAGACCAGUGUAACGGCAGCCGUCUCCCCUCUUCCCUUUCCUCUUCUCUGGUCUCGGUCCUUAAAGCUCACUCACCUCCUCGAGCCAAGUCGCCAUCAAAACCCUCUCACGUCCCAAUCCCUUCACCGUUCCCUCCUCACUUCUCUCGCUCCCAGAUGCUAACGUGCAUCGCCUGCUCGAAGCAGCUCGGCGGCGGCGGCGGCGGUGGCGGUGGUGGAUCACCGCUCCACGAUCCCGACGAUGAUGAAGCCACCGGGGCCGGCACGCCCGGUACCCGCCAGGCCAUCAAAGCCCUUACGUCCCAGAUUAAGGACAUGGCGUUGAGGGCGUCGGGGGCGUACCGGCACUGUAAGCCGUGCUCGGGGGCGGCGGCCGGGGGACGACGCCGCCACCACCACGGGGGCUACGCGGACUCGGAGGCUGCGUCGGAGUCGGAGCGGUUCCACUACGCGUACCGGCGAGCCGGCGGGAGCGCGGCGUCCACGCCGCCGCCGGCUAUGGGCCGAGAGUUGCAGGCGCGGCUCAAGGCACUCUCCAGCGGCGAGAGAGAGCCUUCGGUGAGCGGCCGGACGGAGGCCUCGUUGGAGGCGGCGUCGGCGUUUCUGGAGGACGGCGACGAGGAGGAGCCCAAGGAGUGGGUGGCCCAGGUCGAGCCCGGGGUCCUGAUCACCUUCCUCUCGCUCCCCCAGGGAGGCAACGACCUCAAGAGGAUCCGUUUCAGCCGAGAGAUGUUUAACAAGUGGCAAGCCCAGAGGUGGUGGGCAGAAAACUAUGACAAGGUCAUGGAGCUCUACAAUGUCCAGAGAUUCAAUCGGCACGCCAUGCCUCUUCCCACCCCACCAAGGUCCGAGGAUGAGAGCUCGAAGGAGGACAGCCCAGUGACGCCACCUCUCAGCAAAGAGCGGCUCCCUCGCAACUUCCAGAGGCCAUUGAUUGGUGGUGGUGGUGGUGGUGGUGGGAUGGGGUACUCAUCUUCUGAUUCAUUAGAGCAACAUCCAAGCUACAGAGCCCAUGGCCAUCACCAUCCGCACCAUCUGCGCCACUAUUAUGAUUCCGGGGGCCUCACUUCAACCCCAAAGUUGUCAAGCAUCAGUGGUGCAAAGACAGAAACAUCUUCGAUGGAUGCUUCAGUGAGGACAAGCUCAUCACCUGAGGUGGACCGCUCUGGGGAACUCUCAGCAUCAGUUAGCAAUGCUAGUGAUCUAGAGAGGGAAUGGGUGGAAGAGGAUGAACCCGGUGUCUACAUCACUAUUCGCGAAUUACCUGGAGGUAUCAGGGAACUCCGUCGUGUGAGAUUCAGUCGGGAGAGGUUUGGAGAGAUGCACGCAAGGUUGUGGUGGGAGGAGAACCGCAGCAGGAUACAGGAGCAAUAUCUUUGAUAAGCAAACAAACAUUAGUGUUCUAGCUAUUUCUUUUACAGCAUUGAGGUUUCUUGGGUGUUCAUCUUCUUCAUGCACUUGGCUAAAAAGCUGGACUUCCUCUUUCAUCAUAUCCACAACAACCAACAAUGAUUAGUUGCCUUCCUCCAAUCUUCAUGAGACUUAAUGUCGCAUUAACAUGACACUGCUUACUUGAGCCUAUCGUUUCACACCACCGUUGGCCCUUUACUUGUAGUUUCAUUCACCCUUGCCACAGGAAGAUGCUACUUUUCAGCUGUGUUACUUGUACAAGGAAGAUGUUCAUAUACUCAUGCUAUUUCACUUGAUUUCUUCUCUGAUAUUACGAAGCCCUGCUUUGAGCUCAA